AUGGAACACGCCAACUUCUUCUCGCUUUUCUUUCUUACUUUCAUAGCCACGGCAAUGGCAAUGUCAAUGGCUGCGAAUCCACAGUCAUCCACCACCAGUACCACCACCCAAGCCUACACCAAUUUUGUCAAAACCUCAUGCAACGCCACCAUUUACCCAUCCGUCUGCUUGACCUCCCUCCUCCCUUAUGCCAACUCCGUCAAAUCAAACCCCAUUAGACUGGUGAAACAAGCCCUCUCCGCCACCGUCAAAUCCGCAUCUGCCACCCGCUCCGCCGUCUCCAAAUUAGCCAAGAGCAAGAAUAUCAGCAAGGGCGACGCCGCCAUCCUCAAAGACUGCAUCGAAGAGCUCAAGGACUCCAUUGAUGAAAUUACCAACUCCCUGAAAGAAGUUUCUAGCCUUGGUUCCUCUGUUAACAAGAGAUUCGCGAUUUCCAAUGCAAAGACCUGGACCAGUGCCGCCAUCACCGAUGUGUACACCUGCAUUGAUGAAUUUUCCGACCAAAAAGUCAGUCCAGCGGUGAAGAAGAAGAUCAGGAGCAGUAUUGUGAGUAUUGCAAGGCGGAGUAGCAAUGCUUUGUAUCUUAUCAAUCAUCUCAACAUUUGA